CACUGAACGCCAGAGACAUCGAUUCUAACCUCGGCGCAAAACUAUAAAACUAUUCCCGCUCGGUGUGAAGUUAUCAGACGAAAACCAGACUAAAGUGUGAGGUGCAUCGGAAAGGAAGGCGCGGAAUGAGUUUAUGAUGUGCUCGGUUUGGUUUAGUUCGCUAAUGAUCACACACACACACACACACACACACACACUGACUGACUGACAGCGGCUUUCGUUGACUGUCUGAAGGCUGGAAACACACGCGUAUGAGUGCCAUGCCGAAUAAAACCAAGAAAGACAAGGAUUCACCAAAAUCUGCAAAAGCGAGUAAAACAGGAGGGCAGGAGAACUCGGAGCAUGAGGGCUCGACCAAGAAGGGCGCUAACAGCGUGCCCCCGACCACGCAGCUGCUGAAGGGCAAGGCGUCCGGCUCUCAGACGCCGCUGAAGAAGGACAAGAGGCCGAGCUCGUCUCGCUUCAGUCUCAGCAACAACCGAGAGCUGCAGAAACUGCCCGCCUUCAAAGAUGUUCCUCCCGCCGAGCAGGAGAAGCUGUUCGUGCAGAAGCUGCGUCAGUGCUGCGUUCUCUUCGACUUCGUCUCGGACCCGCUGAGCGACCUGAAAUGGAAGGAGGUGAAGCGGGCGGCGCUCAGCGAGAUGGUGGAGUACAUCACCCACAACAGGAACGUCAUCACCGAGCCCAUCUAUCCUGAGGUGGUGCACAUGUUCGCGGUCAACAUGUUCAGGACGUUGCCGCCGUCGUCCAACCCGACCGGAGCGGAGUUCGACCCCGAGGAGGACGAGCCCACGCUAGAAGCGGCCUGGCCUCACCUGCAGCUCGUCUACGAAUUUUUCCUGCGUUUUUUAGAGUCACCGGACUUUCAGCCAAACAUAGCCAAGAAGUACAUCGACCAAAAGUUUGUGUUGCAGCUGCUGGAGCUGUUCGACAGCGAAGACCCUCGAGAGCGGGACUUUCUGAAGACCACUCUCCAUCGCAUCUACGGGAAGUUCCUGGGUCUCCGAGCGUACAUCAGGAAACAGAUCAAUAACAUCUUCUAUAGGUUCAUCUAUGAAACAGAACAUCAUAAUGGAAUAGCAGAACUACUGGAAAUAUUAGGAAGCAUCAUUAACGGCUUCGCCUUACCGCUGAAAGAAGAGCACAAAAUCUUCCUUUUAAAAGUUUUGUUACCUUUGCAUAAAGUCAAGUCCCUCAGUGUUUAUCACCCACAGCUGGCGUACUGUGUGGUUCAGUUUCUAGAGAAGGACAGCACUCUCACUGAGCCGGUGGUGAUGGCUCUCCUCAAAUACUGGCCAAAGACUCACAGUCCAAAGGAGGUGAUGUUUCUGAACGAGCUGGAAGAGAUUCUGGACGUCAUCGAGCCGUCGGAGUUUGUGAAAGUGAUGGAGCCUCUGUUCAGGCAGCUGGCCAAAUGCGUGUCCAGUCCUCACUUCCAGGUAGCGGAGCGAGCGCUGUACUACUGGAACAACGAGUACAUCAUGAGUCUGAUCAGCGACAACGCGGCGAGGAUCCUGCCCAUCAUGUUCCCCUCGCUGUACCGGAACUCCAAGACCCACUGGAAUAAGACGAUCCACGGGCUGAUCUACAACGCUCUCAAGCUCUUCAUGGAGAUGAAUCAGAAGCUCUUCGACGACUGCACGCAGCAGUUCAGGGCCGAGAAAAACAAAGAAAAGGCCAAGUGGAAAGAGCGCGAGGAGGCGUGGAUAAAGAUCGAGAAUCUCGCCAAAUCAAACCCACAGUUUCUCAUGUACAUCGACUCCACCAGCCUCAGCAGUCCGAUGGACAUGGAGACAGACGGGCCAAUCAUCGAGGAUGUCAUGAUGCUAAAAAAGACUGUAGAAGAAGAAGCCACUCAGCUCCACAGAGACCAGCGUAAAGAACGUCCCCUGAUGCGACGCAAGUCCGAGCUGCCUCAGGAUACCUCCACCGUGAAGGCCCUGGAGACGCACCGGCGCGCCGAGGACAUGAUCGGUGCCCAGGACGGCCACUAGAGGACCACAGACUCCCCGAACCCAGUCCAGACCAGACCAGACCAGUCUCAGCCGGCGCCUUCAGCACAGACGACCAGCGGCGGAGGACGGCUCCGGUGCGACCCGCGUCCUGUCCAGAGCCGACCGCGUCCAGACCCCCUCGAUCCGCGCUAGUCCAGACUCCUCCUCCUCCUCUCCGCUUUCGUUUGUCCGUUUCUCUCCGUUAAAGGGAUGGCUCACUCCAAAGUCACGUGUAAUCGCUCGCCGUCGCGUCAAUCCGAACCGAAUUUCUAGUAAGUUUCAGUAAACGUCCCAAAAAUCGUUCCAGUACUCUAUUUCAGAUCUUCGCUCACCUUCAGGAAGAUUGCGAUAUUUCCGAUGACGUCCGAGAGUACGACGCUGCGUAGACGGCAAAGCAACUCGAACGUUCCCAGGCACGAAAGCGUAGAACGCUAAAACAUUAGUAGUUCGACCGCAAAGCUACGGAUACUUUUUGUGCGCAAAAACCCCCAAAACAAUGACUUUAUUCAGCAAUUCGUCUCUGAAUCCCGAGGCGCGCUCCGCUUGUUUACCCAGAAUGCAAUCAACGCAAUCGGCGAAAAACGUAGCGAGGAGAACGCUAAAACAUUAGUAGUUCGACCGCAAAGCUACGGAUACUUUUUAUGCGCAAAAACCCCCAAAACAAUGACUUUAUUCAACAAUUCGUCUCCGAAUCCCGAGGCGCGCUCCGCUCGUUUACCCAGAAUGCAAUCGGCACCGUUUACGUUUGUAACGCGUUGCAUGCUAAACGUAACCAACUCCGAUCACGGUGAUGUUGUGGGAAAAGCGCGCGCGUGUUGCAAAACUCCAAAACAACGGUAACUCGUGGAGGAGAAUCGGUGCAAGAAAGUGUUCGCGAAACGAAAGUUUAGCCUCCGAUGUCACUUGUGCCGUUUUAACGAUGUUCUUGCGACGUUUCUUUAGUGUUCAGAGAGCUUUCGGAUUUGUCAAAAAAUAUCUUGGUUCACGUUUCGAAGGCGAACAAAGGCCGUCUCGGGAACGACGCGAGGGCGAGUAUUUAUCCGAAUUUUUUUUUUGGUUUGCGCUAUCCCUUUAAGCUGAACCGCACUUGUAUUCGGGCGAGCGAACGCUUCUCAGGUUGUUCGGAGGCCGAGAGGGAUUUCGCUCUCUCCCGUGGUCUCGUCUGAAAAAAACGAAACGGCGCUCGGGGCGCGUGUUUCACGUCACGCUUGCGAAGCGCCCUUCCGCGCUUGUCCAGAUACUCUGCAAUAAGUUCGUCCAGGAAGAUUUUGGUUGUUCAAACAAUGGUGAGCGGCCUUACGAGGGUUACUUAGCUGUCAGACGAGCGUUGGAGCUUUUUAACAGGCAAUACCGAACGGGUCGUUUACCCGGGUUUAUCGACCAAGCCUUUAUUUGCAUAGAGUGCCUUUUUAGAUCGAGGGGAAAAACGGAAAAAGGUUUUUUUUUUCCGCCGGAGCGGGGCCGGAGGAGCCCGAGGAAAGAGACGUUCUCCCGAUGAACUUGAGCGACUUUCUCUGUGUGUUCGGUUUAGGACGAAUCGCUCUGAACCAUUGUUUGAACUCCCAUUGGGUGAGGCCCGCUCGGAGCUACGGUGCAGUUCUCUCUCUGCGUUCGUCCGUGCCGUGAUUUCACGCGAUGCAGGUUUUUCUUCUCGGCCCGUAUAAGCUCGUCUGUCCGAUUUGAAUGUGCGAAUUUCGAUAGAUAUAUGCGUUGUUUUUCUCUCUCUCUCUCUCUCCCGACCUUCUCUUGGGUUUUUAAUUUAAACUCCUUGCUCUUUCGGCUGUAGUGCGAAAAUCGAAAAACGUUUUUUUUUUUUAUCGCCGGUGUCAAUAGCAGAAGUUGCGUUUUUUUUUUUUUUCCUUUUUUUUUUUUCAUUGUGGUGAAUUUCACUUUCCGUUUCGUUUCAUGAAAGAAAAUACACCUGCAAAGUGUCCUUUAGUACGCGUCCCCCUACUAAACGGCUCCAUCUGAUAUUGUACAUAUUAUGUACUGUUAUGAUCCAUCUAUUAUUGAAUGGUAGAUCUCUUAUUUUGUACAAAUUUUCUCGUGUACAGAUGAAAACCGCUAUUAGCCACUUGAAGUUGGUAUUCGACAGACUUCUGUAACUGCGUUAGAAACGUUUAGGAUCUUAAUUUCUAAUGUUUUUGUUUUUUUACUAUUUGUAAUUGAGAACUUUUCUGUCUCUGCAUUCAGCUGUCUGAUGAGAUCCAUCAUAAAAUAGCCUUCAUAUGUGCUUUUCUCCAAAUCUCAAGUGGUAUAUGUCUAUAUACAGGAAAUAAAGAAAACGUGUUUUAUAUUUUCAUCUUAA